AUGGCAGAUGAUGAUUUAUCAUUUAAAUCACACGAUAAUAAGGACGAUGAAGAAGAUAAUUCUGAUUCAGAAGCAACAUCACAUCUUGAGCUAGAUUUAGGCGUUGACUCUUCAUUUAAUGUUAGAGAAUUCAAUAGGUUAGGGAAUCAUAAAGCAGGAGUCUCGGGAGUUCCCGGUUCCACCAAUAGUUGUGAUAGUCAUAGGCGGGAAGACAAUCCAUUUUCUUUUAAACAUUUUCUUAGGAGUGACUCAACUAAUAGUUACCAAUCAAAAGGUGCUAGACCUAAAGUUUACGAAAAUCGAUCAGCAUCUACCGAUUUUGGAAAUCACCUUCAACCUCGGUUAAUUCCAGAGUAUCCUGCUGCAUUACCAGAUUUUGUCCAGGAUCAUCUAGUCGUCGAACAGUGUUAUUUAGGAAAUACAUCAUCCGAAAGUUUCAAUGUGGACAUUGAUAAUUUGCCCGAUUUUACGCCUGCGCGACAGAGUAGGAAUAAUGCUCUUAAUCCAGAGGUUACUAAUUCUAAUAGACCCGUUCCGUUGGACUUACCUAUGCGAACUCAAGAAUCAUUUCCCUUGGACUUGCCUGUAGUCAAUACCCACUCAAAUAAUAUUAGGAUUGAAUCAUCAAAUAGUGAGGUCGGGAGUUCGAAAAGUCUUCCUGAUUUCCUAGCUGAUGGUGCUGCUUGCACGCAACAAAGCGAAACCUUGACGGUUCCACAAAGUCCAGAGGGAGAGCUUGAAAGACUGAAGAAAGAAUUAGACAUCACGAAGAGGCAAUUAGCGGAAAAGAAUUUAAUGUGUGAUAAUUUAAGUAGGGAUUUAGAAAUUGCUAGGAAUAAAGAACAUGAAUAUACUCACAAUCUUGCCGGGGCGCUUGAAAAAGUAGAGGAUAAUUUAGAAAAGAGCAAUCGAAGAGCUGCUGCGGCUGAAAAUUUGGUGCUAAAGUUAAAACAAGAAAUCAAAUUGUUAACUACUCAACUGAAUGUCGUAAAAACUGAAAAUCAAACUUUGCGCGGUGAAGGAGCUGCUGGCGGUUAUAAUACAUCUAAUCAAGUACAGUUUAAUCGAUUGGCUCAAGAGUUACGGAAUGCUGCCGGCUCAGCGGAACAUUCUUUAAGACAACUGCUUACUGGUGUAGACAACCUAAGAAUAAUGGCUGCUUCUUUAGAAAAUAUGCAUCGAAUAGAAGAAACCAGGGACCCCUUUUCAAAUUUUGAUGAAGACGCUGGACCUGCACUCUAA